CACGUAAUCAUUGAAGUUGCAUAAAUUAUUAGCCAAUUAGAAUAGAUACAAGUGUAAAUCAAAGGUACAAAAAUAAAAGACAAUUCAGGUACGCUUUAGGUAUUUAACCAUAUUUAUUUUAUUAUCAUGACUACCAUCGCUUUCAAAGAAUAUAUUAUUAACUACGUCAAUAGCAUUAAGGGAUCAGUAACAUUAAAGAAUUUCAUUAACGAUGAAUUUGAAUUUAUUGUAAGUAAUACAGUUAUUGGAGAAGACCUUAAAAGUGUCUGGUCACAUCGCUUAGUAUCUGCUUGUAGAGAAAUGAACAAAGAACUGAAAAAGUCUGAUCCCGAUUGGAGUAAAGUUGCAAUGGCUGUUUUAGAGAGGGAGCAUAAUAAGAAUUCUAAUGCUUCAAAUCCCUCAACUGUGAUUGAUAGAAGAAAUAUUUCAAACACAGAAAGUUCUUUGAAUGCUACAUCACAAAUUUCGGCAUCAUCAUCAAAUGCAACCUCAAAACAGUCAUUCCAACAGACUGACAAAGAUAAAUUAUUAGAAGUCUUUAAUCAGUUGGACAAAAAGAAAUUCUGGUAUCUAGAAGCUAGCAAAAAUUUUGCUAAAGAAAAUAAUACAGAAUUAAAAUCAGUUGAAGAAAAGAUGUUAAUUUUUGCUUUGCAAUGUAAUUAUAUUCACCCUUGUCAUUCUUUUAUACUUGAUUUAAAUGAUCAAAAUUGGAACGAAGUUUUUACAAAUGAAGAAUUGAUGGAGAUAGAUAAUUAUGGAACUCCAAUAAUUCGUAAAAUUGAUGAAAAAAUCAGUGCGGAAUUCGACAAAUUAGAAAAAUUAACUUCUUUAAAUGAAAUUUACGAUCAUGUCCGAAAUAUAGAUCAUUGUCCAGUAAAUGAUCCUCUUAUAGCAUGGUUGUCUCUAACUGUUACCACGUUAUCGUUGUUAUUUUUACAAAAAGACAGUAGAACAAUACAUGCUUCACUCGAGUCUGAUCAAUUGUAUCGGUUAUGGUUUUUUUUGAAUACUAUUUUUGAUAGUUCAUCCAUAAAAGCAAUUGGCAAAGAAAAGUCGAGUUAUUCGAACUCAAACGCUAAAAAUGCCAAAAGGAAAAUAGCUGCAAUUGAGGAAAUGGCUAGUAAGAAAAUGGGUAGAAAAAUCGAUACCAUUUAUGCAGGUGAUAAUUUUGAGUUUGGUGCUCUUGAAAUUGGAAGUAAAGAUGACCAAACAAAAGAAAUAAAAGAUGGUUCCAGGUGUAUUGAAUAAAGUACAUAUAAUAGGAUA